CCCCGACAAAGCGAAAAAAGAGCACUAUCGCCCCUCCAACUUUGAACGUUGACAAGACUCCAAGCACGGCGGUCGUUCGUUGAACCGAAAAAGAAAAAUGUCGCCGGAGAGUACUGGCACCACUCGCUCCACCCAAUCCGACGUCACGGAGCUGAACCUGAAGGAGACGGAGCUCACCCUCAGCCUUCCCGGCUCCAAUAAUAUCUCUCGUUCUAAACGUGCCUUCUCAGAAACCACCGUCUUCAGCCCAACGUCGUCGUCAACUAGUACCCCAGCACCAAAGGCACAAGCGGUGGGGUGGCCGCCGGUGAGGGCGAGCCGGAAAAAUGUGAUGAGGAGCUGCAAGUACGUGAAGGUGGCGGUGGACGGAGCUCCGUAUCUGAGGAAGGUAGAUCUUGAGAAGUAUGAGAGCUAUGAUCAGCUGCUCACGGGUUUAGAGGCCAUGUUUGGAUCCUUGACAAUUCGCAAUCAUUUGAAUGAGAGGAAGAAGAUGAUGGACCUUGGGAAUGGGGCAGAGUACGUGCCCACAUAUGAGGACAAAGACGGUGACUGGAUGCUCGUCGGAGAUGUACCUUGGAAGAUGUUUGUUGAAUCCUGCAAAAGAAUCAGGUUGAUGAUAAAAUCAGAGGCCACUGGCUUAGAGAUUCGAAGAACAGAGUUGAAGCUGGAAGAGAAAACGAGUGGCAAUUAAUGAAGAGGUUGGAUGGAGUUUUGACGAGUGGCUGUACAGAGAGGCUUUUGAAUGUGGGUGACAGGUUAAGAGAAGAGAAUUUUAUAAUAAGAGAAGGUGUGUCUGUAAUUUCCAACGAUGCCUUCUGCAAGUUUUGUAGUUGUUAAUUACUUGUUAGACAAGUUAUCAAACUACCUACGACGAUGCUGGACCAGGCAGACUAUUAACAGUUUAUGAUGACAUCUUUAUUAUCUCAUUAAUAUGUAUCAAUACAACUUUAAUUUCUUUUCUCAGAAUAUCCCUACAGUUAAUAGUGAA